GAGCCAUCAUUGAUAACCUUAUACCAAUGGACUGUAUAUAACCUACAAACAAUUUCAAAUGUAUUGACAAUAUCCAUUUUAACCGUUAAUAAAAAAGAACAAUGGAGUGCAAAAUUUGUUUCCUGUACAGGUUUUUAAUUGAUAAAAAAAUGAAUAUUUACUACCAAUUGAAAAUAAGCAAUUACCAAUGGUGUGCAGUAUACUUUCAAAUGUUCUGAAGCCGGAAAUUAAUCAAUUUCUAAUUAUGUGGUGUUAAUGAUACACUACACCAGCUGUUUCAACAUUGUUUACAAGCUGCGUGCAAACGUGUCAAGAUGAGGGCAGUGAAGAACACAAUUUCUCCUAAAAUAAUUCAUAUUUUUACGUUAUUUUUCGUUUUUAAUUCUGUUAAUUCGGAUUGGCUCGAUGCUAAAGUUGAUUUUCACGUUGAUGGAGAUGGAUUUCACAGGAAAAUAUAUUACUUCGUGGAGAUUACGAAUUUGCUUGAGAAGGAUUGUCGUGCGGCGUUGUACCUGACAUUACCACCAUCUUUAUACGUCAGUAUUGAUGAACUUGCAGAUUUGAAAAGUGCUGGCACGGGCAUUGCCUGUUCUGAAGGUGAGACAGACGUUGAGAUCUUUGCGGAGGAGGCAAAGCCCCAGAGGGUUUCAAUGUGCUCGGUUUUGAACGAAACCAACGGAAUCUUUAGCCUCCCAGUGCAUCAGAGGUAUCACAGAACUAGGAAGGAAGGAGACAUGGUCACUGUAACACUACCCACUCCCAAAUUACUUGUCGGUUGUAAGCAUCGAAUCAAAGAGUAUCUAGUCUCUAAAAUACAACUUUGUUCACCCUGUGUUGAGUUAUCGACCAAAUGGAGAGAAAUUCCAUAUCAAACUAAAACCAAAAGUUAUGAAUGGAACAUUCAAAUUGGAGAUUCAUCACAAAGACAUGUCGUCACUUAUGUCACGUUAUUCGUAACUUGCCUUGGCACAAUAUGGAUUCUGAAAACUCUCUGGAGGCCACAUCCAAGUAAACGAAGAAAAAUGGAUUGAAAUGGUUUUCAUAUUUAAAUAAAGAUACAAAGCAUUCUUCACCUAUUGGAAACAACAAUGGAGCUGAUUAGUCCCUUGGCUGCUUGAUAGCUGGAAUUCUAGCUAGACUUCGAGCAGGUUACUGACAAUGGCUUUCUAAUCAAGACGGCAAUACAUUUACAUUAUGUCCCUUGCACGAAUUUGAGUAAUAAAGAGGUGAUCUGCUGGUGUUUGGGGAUUUUCCCGGGUACAAACUCCACUCGUGCUAAGUUUUAUUUUCUCGUUUAAGUAAAGAUAGUUCAUAGCCACAUUCUCCGAGAUUUGCCUUGGUUGUAGAAUCAAGGGAAAUGUCCACAGUUCUUCCUUACAUUUUAUAACAUUUGGAUAUUUCCAAAAUACAUCUGUUGACCAGAAGGGGUCAUAAAAGGGAAAAAGAAAAUAUUUCAGGGGAUGGAAAUUAUAUUACCCUCUCCGGGGCAACCGAGUCUAACUUGUAAUACCUCUUCAGUCUCGUGUAUAUAUUCAUUGAGUGAAGUGCCUUCUGUCUGUCAAGAUUUGGAGAUAUUCAAAAAUAAAAUCAUUUCUGAAAGUUAAUAAA